CUUCCUUUCGAGUGUUUCGCGUGAUUCAGUCGGUGGCGGCGAGGCAGCGCGCAGCAGCGGAGAUCCAAAACACACCACGGAAUCGCGACUGUUUCCCGUAAAUAUCCCCACAAGAUUCGUCGCUCGGUCCCUAAUCUAAUUAGUGCGAUGGCCAACGAAACGGCUGCAGCAGCUGCAAAAUCGUCCAAACCCGUGGAACCGGACUCCAAGCUGAAGAUUUUGGCCCUGCAUGGGUACCGGCAGAACGGCGACGGUUUCAAAUCCAAACUCGGCUCCCUACGGAAGUUCAUCAAUAAGUACGCCGAGCUGGUGUUCGUGACGGCGCCGCACAUUGCCCCUCCGCUGGCGGACGCUGAUCCGGGUACGGAGCCGGAUCCCACUCAGCGCAGCUGGUGGUUCAAUAAGGACGACGGCACCUUCAAGGGCACGAACCGGAACGGACCGGCCAUCGGGUUCGAGGAAAGCCUCAAGCUGGUGGAGAAGGUGUGGAAGGAUGAGGGGUGCAGCGGACUGUUGGGGUUCUCGCAGGGCGCUUGCUUCGUGGGGCUGCUGUGCGAUCUGAGUGCCCGGGGGAUGACCUCGAUUAAGCCGGAAUUCGCCGUGCUGUCAUCCGGGUUCCGAUCGGGAAGCUUGGUGCACCUGAAUUUCUACGAGACCAAGGUCCAGAUUCCGUCGCUGCACAUCUACGGCGAGGCGGAUGAGAUUAUCCCGAAGGACCUUAGCAUGGCUUUGGCGGACACCUUCAUGGAUCCGCAGAUUCUAACGCAUCCGGGCGGACACUUUCUGCCGGCUCAAGCCGCUCACAAGCAAACCUACGUGGAGUUCUUCCGCGAGCGGUUGCAGUUCCACUUGGAGGCGAAGGAAAUCGAGAAUGCCACGGCCGCCAACAGCAUCAUGUUGGACGAUAAUGGUCUUGCUGGAAGCGGCAGUAGGGGGAAUGGCGUUCAUGGCGGCGACGAGGACGACGAUGACGAUUCGGAUUAGGACAGGCACCAAGAAUCUAAAUACAGUUAAGUUUUGCUGAUCGGUAA